CAUGAUAUGAGUGAUAACACGUGUUAUAAGGGCUAUUUUUGCACAAUAGGUGUGCCUUGAGAUUUGUACUUGUCCUUUGGUGUGCCUUGGGCACAAAAAGUUUGGGAACCACUGCCUGUCACAUUGUAUUUCAAUUCAUCUUCAUUCAUCUUCUCCCCUUUGUAACAGUGUGGAAAACCAUGCAGUCCCAGGUAAGCCAGUUUAUGAUUUUUUUCCCUCAGAAAAACAGCCAACGGCUCACAAUCUCUCUAACUUUGUAUAAUGUCAGUUAAGAAAUUAACUAAAGGUAGUAACAUAAAGGUAUGAUUUGCAUUAUUGGGUGGUUUGUGUAAUUUGUUUGUCCAAGCUACCACAUUUAGUAUUAUUCAAACAUAAUUGGUGUCUUUGCUUAUACAACAUUCAGAAAUAUAUUAAAGUAAAUAAUAAUAAACUACAAACAUUUUUGGUUGUUAUUGAUCUGAUAAUACAUAAUGCUUUAUAAGGUUAUUAGAUAAAGUGUCUUAUUCAAAAGCUGUGGAUGUAAUCUCUCUUUAAAGGUUAACACCUACGAUGCAAUUUUAGCCGUGCUAAACUGGUUCAUCUUCACUCUCCAGCUAGGUACUACCCCUGCUGCUGUGUCUGCCGAAGCAGCUGUGCAGAAUAUUCUCUCCAUAAUUAAUGAAUCUCUGGCCACGUCCACCAGCUCAGAACAAGGUCAGGGACAGAGUUUGGGGCGACGCCCAGGGAUACAGCAAGAGAUGGCCAGGUCUAACACUUGAAAUCAUGACGAACAAACACUACAUAUUUAUCACAAAUGACUCCAGAGUACAAUAUUGUAGUAGUUCUCCAAAGAAAUCCCAUAUUCUGUUUUUUUAAUAAAACUUCUCAUUACUGGUUUAUACUGUAAAGUUUUGUUUAUUUACUAAAAGUAUUUUAUUGCAGGUCUUUCCCUGGAUUUUGUAGGCGUGGGAACAGAGGCAAAGCUGGCUUUAAUAGGCCAGCAAAGGUUGCAAAACAGUGGACCACCUUUAGUUUCACGAUCUUCCUUGUGCAUAAACAUGUGGAAAGAACACCCACUCCUGUUGAGGACCUCCAACAUAUGCAGGCUGGACUGGGAAAGAGAAUGCUGUCCAUGCCUUCAGACAUGAACCAUGCAGAGGUCUGCAGCUUGUUUGAAAGGGCUUACCCAAAGCUCAUCCCUAUAACAGGAGGAUGGCUUCUUUACAAGGCUUCCGGUGGAAAUGGAAGACGCAACCUAUCAGUUGUACUCCCAGAUUCAGAAGGGUACACUGGUAGUACCAUCAGAUGUGCCUCUGGAAGGGGGAAAACAAUGAUUUACAUUCUCCCUCUCCAGGAAGAAUUUGAUCUGACACCUCUUCCCCACGAUGCUGAAGAGUUUAUGCAAAUGAAAAAGGCAGAAUGCAAAACGUGCCACAAGGUCAUGCCCUUGCAGCUCUUGGCACUCCAUGUGCAAGAUUGUGAGGCUCUGUCGAGUUCGGAUCCAGAGGUAAAAAUAAGUUUGCUUGUUCGUAACUGCAUUCUGGAAACAUGGAUGACGAGCAACUAAUUUAAAAUGUAUCUUCCCUGUCUAUGUUUAGAUAACUGAGGUACUCUCUUACAAGGAGAAAGUAAGUUGUUUCCACAUCUGGGGUAAAAAUAAAAACAAACUCCAGACUGUAUUUAAUCUUUAUUGGAUUUGUAUGUCUUUUUUUAUUUUAGCCAAGAGAGGAAAAGUGCUCAAUUUGCAUGCAGUUAUUUCCAGCCAUGGAACUGGAACUUCAUGCGAGUUUCUGUGGGGAUUGGAAGAGUAUCUGUUACAAAAAGGUUAGAUGAAAAAACUAGGAAUUAAAUAAGAUGGCUAGAGUCACCAAAAAUGUAUCCUUAUAGGUGCUUUUAUUGACAGCCAACAUACUGAAAAAACACAAAGUAACAAGGAUUUUGCAGGAAGAAAACAAAAACUUCAUAUAUACAUACAGGUCGAGGACAUAUAACUGGUACCUCUCUGCUCUACAGCCACAGUCAGCCCCUCCAAAACACUUGUGGCCAGGGUUUUAUACAUGGUAAGCCCCUCCCCAUAGGUCAAUUCACUAUUUAUACCCCUAACCAAUGUCAUUCUAAUCUACAAACACAUUCACAAUGCAAGACAAAUUACCCAAACACAACAAAUCAAAAUAGGUCAACAUAUUAUAUCUUUCUGACCACAGAAGCCCCAAACAAUACCAUUUUUACACUCGCAAGAAAAGUGCCACCCGUGCCCAUGCACUACAUGGUAUGCUCCAAUUGAGCACAGGUGUUCCCACUGAUUGAGCCUCUACUUAAGGCUGCUUCUUUCCGUUGCUCUGUUUGGCCUUCACAACCUUGAAGGAGAGGGUAAGCAGGUUACUUGUAAAAAUACUUCCAAUAAAUCUGUUUUGAACAAACAAUGACUUGGGUUUUAUUUUAUCAAUGUCCAGGUAAGUUAUUAAUGUGUUUCCCUCAGUGUGCCUUUUACCAUGCCCCUAUGUCAACUGUGAUGAAGGCUUCUUCACAGUAUCUCAGAAAGCUAUCAUCAGUUUUUGGCCAUUUAGGUGUCAAUGAGCGAGGACAAAUCCAGGAAGAAUAAGCAGCUGUGUACAACGCAUCAUGCAUCACACAUACAAAUAAAUACAAUUACUCCAGCCUUGUUAACUUUUUUAACUAAUCAUUUUUUGCUGCUGUUAUCUCAGUAACUCAAAGUAGUAAGGUUGUCCUGCAUAUCCUCAUUCAAAUGUAAUUUAUGUCGAUUUGAAUGAUAUAUAUAUUGCACUGUCUUGGCUACUUUUCUGUUUUGUGUUAAUGGUCAUGUUUUUAUUUCCCUUCAGUCCUGUGCCCUGUCUGGAUGGCAGCCCUGUCCAGUCAAAUGAGCCGGAUAAGGAGAACAUGUCCUGUGAUGGUCUCUGUUAUGUAUUAACAGUGAGGAGGAUGUCCUAAAAUGGCUGGCAGCGCAGGUUGACACAAGCAAAUAAUUCGGCAUCUGCGUUUCCAGAACGAACAUCGUGGAACGUGGAAUGAUGCUGUGGCAGCGUCAAAAGCACAGCUCCCCACUCAACCCCUUGAAGGUGACAUUCUUGGGAGAGGCUGGGGUUGACACUGGUGCUUUGCGGAAAGAAUUCCUGACAGGUUGUGAAGGCCAAACAGAGCAACAGAAAGAAGCAGCCUUAAGUAGAGGCUCAAUCAGUGGGAACACCUGUGCUCAAUUGGAGCAUACCAUGUAGUGCAUGGGCGCGGGUGGCACUUUUCUUGCGAGUAUACAAAUGUUAUUGUUUGGGCCUUCUGUGGUCAGAAAGAGAUAAUAUGUUGACCUAUUUUGAUUUGGUGUGUUUGGGUAAUUUGUCUUGCAUUGUGAAUGUGUUUGUAGAUUAUAAUGACAUUGGUUAGGGGUAUACAUAGUGGAUUAUCCUAUUGGGAGGGGCUUAACAUGUAUAAAACCCUGGCCACAAGUGUUUUGGGGGGAGUCUGACUGUGGCUGUAGAGCAGAGAGGUACCAGUUAUAUGUCCUCGACCUGUAAAGUAUAUAUGAGGUUUUUGUUUUCUUCCUGUAAAAUCCUGGUUACUUUGUGGUUUUUCAGCAUGUUCGCUGUCAAUAAAAGCACCUAAGGAUACAUUUUUCGUGACUCUAGCCAUCUUAUUUAAUUCCUAGUUUUUCCAUCGAACCUUUUUGUAACAUAUUGUGUCAGAAGUUGCAUGGCCAGUCGCAAAAAUGGAUGUGUUGUUAAAAAACGAACUGGACUACGCUCUGAGCGAAAACUUUUUUUGAAGAAGGAUGAGGAAUGGGACACAGCUGUGACGUCAGAGGAAGAAGGACUAUCAAUUGGUUUUGAAACCCAAGGGGCAAAACCGAAAAUCCAGCAGCGGCAACCUGGGCCAUCUCCAGGAGCGGGUCUCUCAACCGGUGACAUUGUAAAUAUUGUCAGGGACUUCAUAGCGGCUCAGCAGAGGAGAGAUGAUAUCCUACAGGAGGAGUUCAGGGGCCUGCGGGUCUCAGUUGAGGACUCCCAGCAGCCUGUACAUCGCUACUGGGGGGGUCCACACGUUGACGUUGGGCCUUCAUUGAUGUCUUCUCCUGACAGAUUUGGUAAUCCUUCUGGGGGUGUAGCGGCAGUUCAUCGUAAGGAGCCAAAGAUGCCAGUGUAUCAAAAUGGUGAAGACAUUGAAAAUUACCUUCUAUGCUUCGAACGCAUGGCAAAGACAUGGCAGUGGCCAAGGGAGGAAUGGGCCUGUCGACUUGUCCCUUUGCUAACUGGCAAAGCCCUGGAGGCCUACACAGCGAUGGAUGAAGACAUGUCCAACUACUACCCAGAUCUGAGGGAGGCGCUGUUGGUCAAAUUUGACAUCUCUCCAGAGACCUAUCGUCAGCGGUUCCGGGCCACCUCAUCGCCACCGGGGGAGACACCGACAGAAUCAUACCACCGGUUGAAAGGGCUCUAUCGUCGCUGGAUGCGACCGGAGCAGAAGAGUAAAGAACAGAUGGGGGAGACUAUCAUCCUGGAGCAGCUGCUGCAGGUGCUUCCUCCAGAUACUCGUACGUGGGUAAAAGAACAUGAACCGGAGGAUGGUCUUAUAGCAUCCAAGUUGGCCAUGCAGUUCCAACGCGGGAUGAAACCAGGGACUGGAACCACCAAAGGGACAACUUUCCAAAGACUGGUCAAGGUAACAGGGGACCCUCUGCUCAGUCAGGGACUAAACCUUUUGUAUGUUAUCAUUGUCAGCAGCAGGGACACAAAGCGUCAGAUUGCCCCCUGAAGAAGCCAAAACUGACAGGACUGUGUUAUGUGCCCAGAAAGGGUGAGGAGAUUGGCUGUCAAGACAGGGAAGGAGGAUGUAAAGUGAUCCCGGUAAAAGUUAAUGGUAAAAUGAUAACUGCUCUCCUUGACUCUGAAAGCUCCAUGUCAUUCAUUAGGAAAAGUUGUGUGCCUUGUGCUAUUGACUACAACCAGCAGACAGAUGUGUUAUGUGUACAUGGUGAUUGCAAGCCAGAACCACAGGUAGAGCUUACAGUUGAUGUAGAAGGCCAAAGGUAUCUGUUAAACAUGGGGGUAAUUGAAAGUGUACCUGUUGAGAUGCUGUUGGGGAGGGAUUUGCCUAUUCUAUAUGAUCUCCUUAGCAGUACUAAACAUGUCUAUGAACCCUUGUCAGGACAGAAAAUGCAUGUUUCGUAGUGACACGGUCACAGGCAAAAGCCCAAGCAAAUCCUGGUGUCCAGCCUCUGCCAGACUUAUGUGGUAGUCUGUGCAGUGCUGGAACAAAAGCACCAAGGAAAACACGUCGGCAACGGCGGUUAGAGAAACACGCUUGGUCACCUGUACCUGGGGAAAUGCCUGGCAAUGCUUUGUCAAAUGUAAAGUGGGAAAUACCAGAGAAUAUGACCAUAUUGCAACAGUCUGAUCCCUUGUUAAAGUCUGUGCUAACCAAGGUGUUAAAUUCAGCCAAUCAAACCGCUCUAGUAGGUGGUGCAGCAUACUUUCUCCACAAUGACCUGCUUUAUGAGGGGGAAGAGCAA